GAGUGGCCGACGAGUGCGAGGUUUUAUGUCUGCGUGCGAGAUUGACUCGGGGCAGCCGAAUCCGAGCCAGGGGUGGGGUGGGGUGGGACGGGGCGUCGGAAGAGUGGGAAGCUCUGCGGUGCAUCUUCGAAACUUCUUCUUCUUCUUCUUCUUCGGUCUUCAACCUUCGUUCACUUUACCCUUAGUCCAUGGAGUGCUCUGCUGCACCGACGCCGUUUCCGUGUCUCGGGGUCCCACUGCUUCCACACCAGCCACAUCAAUCUAGUUGUCGACCAUCAGUACAGUGCGCUUGUUGAGCUCCUCGACCAGGCCGCUUUGGUGGGCGAACGCGUUGCGUGCGAGUGGGCCACCUGCCUCUGAUGCACCCUGGAGCGACUGCGACUCUCGCAGCCUUUGCUCGAUGAGGUCCGCGACUGCGAAACGUCGGUGGCCGGGUGGGAGUUGGGAGCAGUGUGGAGCGCGGUGGUGAAGGCUCUGCUUGAGCGCUGCAGGUUCCGACCGGAGCCAGAUUUGCAUGCCUUCCAAUAUUCGGGUAACUAUAUGGCCCUAUCAGUUUCAUUUGGCGGUUUUGUAGCCCAUUUAACUGGAUGCUAUGAUGGUUUGGUGUGAGUCCUCUCUCGUGCCUCCACACAACUAGUUGUUGGCUUGGGCUCAUGGAACAUGCGCCCUGAAUGCGCAGAAUAUUCGCAUUCAAAUAUUACUGAGCAAGUUCUAGGGCGUGACUUUGGAGAACUAUCAGUCAUUGAACAAUUUGCCUCUGGUGUCUCUGCGAGUUUCAGAUCACACGUGCCCACAGUGACUCACGAGUUGGAGUCAAAUAUUUAUCGGAUUCUACCGAGGUGCGUUUGGGGAUUGCGUCCGAGUGCGCAUCAGAACACUAUUGUGCGGUUGCAGGCUUUGGGGAAGAGCAGAGCGGAAGCCAGCGUGGAGGAGGAUUGAUCGGAGUAGCUAAUCGGGCGAUCAUUGCAGUUGAUGAAGCAGAUGGAGGGGUCAUUGGAAGGCGCAGCUGUAGAAGGACUAGAAAUUCCUGCUGAUUUCAGAUGUCCUCUCUCGGGAGACUUGAUGUCGGAUCCGGUGAUCGUGGCGUCAGGUCAGACGUACGAAAGGAUUUACAUCCAGCACUGGCUGAAUGAAGGGCACGCACGUUGCCCGAAAACUCAUCAGAAGCUAUCUCACAGGAACCUGAUUCCUAAUUACACUGUGAAAGCUCUGAUAGCCAACUGGUGUGAGACAUACGGAGUGCCAGCUCCGGGACCUGUGCAGUUGAGAGCUUACUCGAGCAGCCUGCAGCCUCCGUCUCCCGGGGCAGCUGGAAAGUCAGACUCGGAUUCAGAUUUGGCAAGUCCGACGGGUAUGACGCCAAGGGCUAGUAGAGGGCCGAUUCUCUUCUCGUCUUUUCGCGGGUUGGGGAGGAAAAGGUCAGGUGCUUCGCGGUUGAACAAUGCUCGCGGUUCCGGGGAGUUGGCUGACAGGGUGAGGAGUUUGAGCGUAGGCGGGGACGAGGGGGAACCUUCCCAGAGCGAUCAGAGCCCUCCGAGAGCACUUACCGGCGACUUGGAAGGGACAAAUUCACUGGAAAGAUCUCAAAGUGCUCAUGCAGUUGAACAUUAUCUUCCGCCUUCGCACUCUCGGACGGGAUCAAAUUGUAGUGUAGCUUCUAGUGUGGAAGAUGGACCUACGGCAUCUGUAAUACAGUUGCCUGUCACUCCGGGGGACCCUUUCCAGGUUGCUCAUGAAAGGUAUCCGGACACUCCGGACAUUGCUGGACACUCCCGACCUAUGACGUCCAGCAACGGAAGCGGGUCGUUCAGCCGGGGUGGGAGUGGUGGCAGCGGUGGCAACUUUUUUAACGAUGAGCCAGGGUCACCAGCAAGGCUACCAGAGAGGUCCACGUUUGGGCGACGCGGGGUGGAUAGGGAUGCCAGCCUUCCUAGAAUUGUUCAUGACAAUACUUCGGGAACUGACAGCACAGUCCAAUCGGACUUGGAGAAAUGGGUGCAGGAUCUUCAAUCGCCGGACAUUGAUACGCAGCGCCAGGCAGCUUGCGAGCUGCGGAUGCUGGCAAAAUACAACAUGGAGAAUCGUGUGACUAUCGCCAAUUCGGGAGCAAUCGAACCGCUGGUUGCGCUUUUGAGCUCUGAGGAUGGGAAAACUCAGGAGAACGCAGUGACGGCAUUGUUGAAUCUUUCGAUCAAUGAUAACAACAAGGCCGAAAUAGCUCGCGCCGGUGCAAUAGGACCUUUGGUGAACGUACUGCGGGUGGGGAAUGCAGAGGCGAUGGAGAAUGCGGCAGCGACGUUGUUCAGUUUGUCGGUUAUGGACGAUAAUAAGGUGGCGAUAGGAUCAUCUGGUGCCAUUCCUCCUUUGGUUCAUCUUCUCAUUAACGGGAGUCCUCGGGGUAAGAAGGAUGCUGCGACAGCCCUUUUCAAUCUGUCUAUUUAUCAUGAGAACAAAGGACGGAUUGUCGAAGCCGGGGCCAUCAAACCGCUGGUGGAGCUGAUGGCGGACCCAGCUGCAGGCAUGGUGGAUAAAGCGGUUGCGGUGUUGGCGAAUUUGGCGACGAUUACCGAAGGGAGACAGGCGAUUGGCGAAGAACAGGGUAUUCCGGCUCUGGUGGAAGUGGUGGAAGCAGGUUCGCUAAGGGGGAAGGAGAACGCAGCUGCAGCUCUCCUUCAGCUAUGCACGAACAGUCAUAGGCACCGCGCGUUGGUUUUGCAGGAAGGGGCAAUUCCUCCGCUGGUAGCUUUGUCACAAUCGGGCUCUCCUCGUGCUAAGGAGAAGGCCUCAGCUCUAUUACGUCAUUUUCGGGAGCAACGACAUGGCGGUAUGGGAGGGCGAUCCAACCCAGACAGACACAUGGCAGGGUACUGAUUUCCCCGCUAAGGAGGCGGUUCUCAAGUAGUUAAGCGAAUCGCAGAAUAGGGAGGGGGUAGAGGGGUUGUUCUCUCCUUCCCACUAUAUAUAUGGUGACGUUGGACUGCAGCUAUGGCUUCAUGCGUCGGGGCCGCUGGAAGCGGGCAGAGGAAACAGGACAAAUGCAGAAUUCGUUUGCUCCAGCUUUGUGUGAGCAAUCCAAACACCGUUCGUUUAGCAUGAUGUCUCUUGUACACGCCUCGACGAUUGUGUAGAAGUUAUAGUCAUUUGUGGGGAAAGUAGGAGGCUUCGGUGCAAGGCGAGUUCCCUGGUUGUCCCUGCUUUGUAGUCUGGGUAUCUCCCAGGCACAUUCUAGAUGUUGCAUUUCGGAUGUUGGGACAUAGUUUUUUAAUCAACUGAUUUACAUACGACAGAUGUCAAAGUCUGUAGGUGGAGAUGAUUGUAAUUUUUGUUCGUCAUGAGUAGGAAUCGUUAGGUGGUCUUGGAGAGUGGGGGAGUGGAAGCCUAUCGCGUGUUGGGAACAAUUAGUUCGGAUGACCCACAUUUGGGGGUUGCAUGUGUAGUCAUGGCACCAAGAUUGCUGUAUAUUGGAUAUUUAUUUUUAGAUUCCUCGAAUCACGAGGGGGUUUGCAAGUUCCGCAGAGAUAUGUCGUCUUAUCAGCAUGGUUUGAGCAGUUCGUGGUUCUCGUACUUGUGGAGGGUUGUUACAAUGAGCGGUUGUGGACCCUCCGAUGGGAUGAAAGCAAGUAGUGUGACCAACACGAUUUACGUUGUUUCGACAUGAUCCAAUUGGAAUUUGUUGAGGAAAAUGUUGAUAGAGGCAGUUGAUUAGCUGGUUUAGAUGCCAAGGACCUGUGAUUGUACCGUUUUUGCAUAUUUGGAUAAAUGAGUUUGACAAGUGGAAACAUUAGUAUUGACA